CCACCAAUUUUUAUAUCCGCACACAGGUUUUGUUUAUAACAGAAACUUGCAAAAAACAAAUGCGAUGUCCGACGCUAAGCUCGAGGCCGCGAUAGCGGCCGUGCAAAAGCCUCAGGAGCGCGGGGGGCUGGUGAGAGCCCUGAUCGCGCUGCGGAAGGAGGUCGAGUGGCCCAAGAACCGCAAUGGGAUCGGCAAGCUGCGCGAAAGUGGUUGCCUCAAACUGCUGACGGACAUCUUGCGGAGCUCCGGCGUCGGCCACUGCCUCAACUUGGCUCUGAGCAUACUCGGCAAUUGCCUGAUGGACAGGGCGUGCAGCAGGGAGGUGGUGGUGCAGUACAACAUACUCACGACGAUCAAGCAGCUACUGAAAAAGCACCCGAAGGAAGACAGCGUCAACGGCAGGCUGUUCCGGAUCGUGGCGAACUUGUGCCAACACCGCGACCUCUGGGCCAACAUUAUCAUAGACCGCAAGCCCCAGAUCGUUAACCACAUUGUGCGGACGUUGGAGAGAACGUGCGACGCCGUUUGCGAGAAAAUGUCGGACGCUACCAUCUCGAUGGCGUUGAAGGCGUUAAGGGAACUGUUGAACAGCCAAACGGUGAUGCGGUUAGUGAAGGAUUUUGGGGUGCUGAGAGUGGUCGGCCGGUUGCUGAUCAAGUGCAGCUUGGAGUUGGACGAGAAGAGAGGAAACGAGAGGCUCUUGCUCGACGUGCUCAAGGUGGUGCAAGAGUACUCGCGGUACAAGUGUCCCUUGUCGAUUCCCGAGCUGCGCGGCACGGGCCGGGGCGACGCCCUCGCGCGUCUCGGCAGCGCGGUCGAGGUGGCGCCGCGGCGCGUCGUCAAAAUCGUCAUGAACUUUCUCCAACUGUCGCAGCACCAGUCCGAGUUGCCCGUGCCCGAGAUAUGCGGCUACCUCAUCCGAGCACUCAAGAGCUAUUCCGUUACCGCGUCGACUUUUACAGAGUUCGACGCCCACAACGAGUACCUGCGUUGUCUGUGUCUGCUACUAGACGACCCGGCCAACCGGACUAACGGACGGUGCGGCCAGAGCGUGCCCGUGCUCGUCAAAGUGCUGCGGGAUUACGAGGAGCCGUCGAACGCGGUGCUCGACAAUUGCGUGCUGCUCGUCGCGACGCUCGCCAAGUUCCGAUACGACGAGCGUCUACUGUGGGCCCAGAUCAGAUGCGGCGUCGUCGACGUCCUCGUCGAGAAGCUGCGCUGGCUCGUGGGGUCCUCGUCCGAGCUCGAUUUGCGGCACGAGAUCGAAUUGCCGCGGGACGCGAGGAAACCGAGGCCCGCCUCCCUCCAUUGCUACCGCGAAUCCGACGACGACAGCGCCGACGAGGCGGAGAUGUCGAGCUGCAGCGACGACGACACGUUCAGGUGGUUCGAGCCGUUGCCCGAUCGCAAAAUGAGCCCCUGCUCGAGCCCGGACAGUUUACGGACGACGUCGUGGUCGUCGCCGGGCACGAGCACCGACGACGACGACGUCGACGACUCGGACGAGUACUCGCCGGUGUGCAGCGAGGCGGGCGGGUCGCCGAGGCCCGAGGCCAGCGCCGAGGACGACGACUUGCCGCUUCUGGAGAAGUUCGAGGCGACCGAGGCCGGCGACGUACCGGCGAACGCCUCCACGUCCGACAGGACCCUCAGGAAGAAGCUCUUCGUCGUGAUCGGGAGCCUGCUCAGGUCUUACGCGAAACUGGCGCUCCCCGCGUCCGACCUCGUGGGCGAGCAGCUGCUGCUCGCGUUGCUCGAGUGCGCGAGACUCGACGACUACGCCGCCGCGGUCGGCUUAAUAUGCAGCAUUUUUAGCCACCACGGGUACCUGCUGCCCGCGAUGGAGACAAAGUUUGCCGAGAGGGCGUACAGACUGACGAGGUGGCGGCACGCGCCCCAACGGUGCCGGCGGUGCAAGCGGCACCUGGAGGUGGGACAGCCGAUAGUGAACGCGCUGACGGCGCUCGCGGAAUCGGGAGGCGGCAAGGGGGAGAUCGCGCACAGACUGUUGACGGGCGCGGACGACCGCUCCAGGGAGCUCGUCGCCCUCGCCGUCCCCUACGUGGUCGGCAACGCAUCGUUGCUCGCGACGUUACUGCUCAAGUGCGGCGGCCUCGACAUCCUCACGACGCUGCUGCGUCGCGACGCGGACGUCGAGACGAGCAGUCGCGCCGUCGAGGCCCUGCACACGGUCGCCGCCCACAAGCUCCGCAUAGCGAACCCCCGAAGCGGGCCGCCGCCCACCCGGCCCCCGAUCAUCGCCGACGCUUACGCCCCGCCCCCCGAAACGGGCGUCGUUUUCGUGCUGGACGACGGGGCCCGGGUGGUCGCCGACCGCGACUUCCUCGCCUCCAAGUCGGACUUUUUUCGGCUAUUGUUGACCGGCGACCACUUCCUCGAGUCGGGCGCCAAGGAGAUCUCGCUGCCCCAGGUGGCGCAUAAGACGCUCCGCUGCCUGCUCCACCUGCUGAUCAACGUCCGCGACACGGACACGGUCGAGGUCCACGCGGACCUCGACACCGUCCUCGAUGUGAUCCUGCUGUGCGACCGAUUCCUGCUGGUCGGGCUGUGCGUCGCGCUCACCACCACCGUCGAGCGGUUCGCGAUGUGCCCCCGCACAGUCCCCAAGAUAUACGGGUGGUCGCUCGAGUCGCGCACCAAUUUCCUCCGGGUGGAGGCGAUUGCGUACGCCCUCGUCGCCGAAGUAGACGAGGAGGAGCGUCGCGCCAUGUUCGACGGUCUGCGCGCGCUCGGACGACCCGACGACCUCGUCGAAGACGUCGAGAGGCUCUUCGUCCGCCACCUGACGCUCGGCCACGCCGACCGGCGCGCCUGGACGAGCAAGCACUCCAAACGCGUCCGCCUUACCUUACCCCCUACUUCUGAUAACUUUUAAAUAAAUGUUACAU